AUGGCCAAUGCGGGACUUGUCAGAGCCUCCGGACAAUACUGCGAGAGGGUGGCCACCUUGCCUGCCGGCAGGAGCAGCUACUGGGAGUCGAGACCCGUGCGCCACCGUCACCUGCUGCCGCCAUCGCACCUGCGGUCGCCAUGGCCUUGUCCCCCCGCCCCGCACCUGGCCCAGGAGCUCUCUGCGGCCACUUCCUCCACCGAGGAUGAUUUCUACUGCCCAGUCUGUCAGGAGGUGCUCAAGACGCCGGUGCGGACCGCGGCCUGUCAGCACGUUUUCUGUAGAAAAUGUUUCCUGACUGCAAUGAGAGAACGCGGAGUACGUUGUCCCCUGUGUCGUGGAAAUGUGACUAGAAGAGAAAGAGCGUGUCCUGAACGGGCCUUAGACCUUGAAAAUAUCAUGAAGAGUUUUUCUUGUAGCUGUAGAUGCUGUGCAAAACAGAUUAAAUUUUAUCGCAUGAGACAUCAUUACAAAUCUUGUAAGAAGUAUCAGGAUGAAUAUGCUGUUUCUUCUAUCAUUCCAAACUUUCAGAUCUCUCAAAAUUCAGUGGGGAACAGUAAUAGAAGUGAAACAUCCACAUCUGAUAACACGGAAACUUAUCAAGAGAAUACAAGUUCUUCUGGGCAUCCCACCUUUAAGAGUCUGUGUCAAGAAUCAAAUUUUACCAGACAGCGUUUACUGGAUCACUGUAACAGUAAUCACCUAUUUCAGAUGGUCCCUGUGACAUGUCCUCUAGAUGAGGAAACACAGUAUCAAACUGCUGUUGAAGAAUCUUUUCAAGUAAACAUCUGA